AUGGUGGCAAACCUCUCGACUACUACAACACUCUGCGACUGCCACGAUGAGCGCUUCAAAAGCACACUUCGAGAGUCUCUACAGUCACACAACUACACAAUGGCGCUCCUUACUGCACUGCUCGCAGCCCUGGCGCUCACUGUACAGGCGCGCACCUUCCUCACCUCACGACAAGCCUCAACCAUCACCGUCGACCUAACCAAAACCUACCAAACCAUGGACGGCUUCGGCAUGUCCGAAACCUUCCAACGCGCAAACCAGAUGCAUGCACUAUCCCCCGAGCUCCAACGCUACGCCCUAGACCUCCUCUUCAACCGCACCUCAGGCGCGGGCUUCUCCAUCCUACGCAAUGGCAUCGGUUCUUCCCCAGACUCCUCCUCCGACCACAUGGUCUCCAUCCAGCCCAAGUCUCCCGGCGGCCCCAGCGCAGCACCAAAAUAUGUCUGGGACGGAAACGACAACAGCCAAGUUUGGGUCAGCACCGAAGCAGUGAAGACGUAUGGCGUGAAGACCGUGUACGCAAACGCAUGGAGUGCGCCAGGCUACAUGAAGACGAACAACAACGACGCGAACGGCGGGUCGUUAUGUGGCGUCAGCGGCGCGACUUGCUCGAGUGGAGACUGGAAGCAGGCGUAUGCGAAUUACCUCGUGCAGUACAUCACAUACUACAAAGACCUCGGUGUGGACGUGACACAUCUAGGUUUCCUGAACGAGCCAGAUCUCACAACCUCGUACGCGAGUAUGCGCAGCAGCGGGCAGCAAGCAGCGGACUUCAUCAAAGUGCUGAGGCCCACGCUGGACAAGGCGAAUUAUACGAGCGUGGGAAUUACGUGCUGUGAUGCCGAGGGCUGGAGCAGCCAGCAGGGCAUGAUGAGCGGGCUUUCUUCCGUUACUGACUUGCUGGGUACGAUUACGGGACAGUACGCCUUCCCCUCCCCUUUUCAACAUACUCAAGCUAAAAGGUAG